CCUCCUACCUCCUCCUCCUCCUCCCGGGCUCCCGCACCACCCACCCGUCCAAGGCAGGACAGCCGGAAGGAUGGCAGAACCACGUUUUAACAACCCCUACUUCUGGCCCCCUCCUCCCACCAUGCCCAGCCAGCUGGACAACCUGGUUCUGAUCAACAAGAUCAAAGAGCAGCUGAUGGCCGAGAAGAUCCGUCCCCCGCACCUGCCUCCCACCUCAGUGUCGUCCCAGCAACCACUGCUGGUCCCGCCGUCGCCCGCCGAGAGCAGCCAGUCCAUCAUGUCCCUGCCUAAGCUGCAGCAAGUGCCCGGGCUGCACCCCCAGGCCGUGCCCCAGCCCGACGUGGCCCUGCACGCCCGGCCUGCCACCAGCACCGUCACGGGUCUCGGCCUGGCAUCCCGGGCCCCAGCAGUGAGCACCUCGGAGUCGAGCACUGGCACUGGCACCGGCACUGGCACCGGCACUGGCACCAGCACCCCCUCCACGCCCACUUCCACCAGCCAGAGCCGCCUCAUCGCCUCUUCCCCCACCCUCAUCUCAGGAAUCACCAGCCCCCCGCUUCUGGACUCCAUCAAGACAAUCCAGGGUCACAGCCUGCUGGGCGCCCCCAAGACGGAACGGGGCCGCAAGAAGAUCAAGGCGGAGAAUCCGUCGGGGCCCCCCGUAUUGGUGGUGCCGUACCCCAUCUUGGCCUCAGGCGAGACCGCCAAAGAGGGGAAAACCUACAGGUGUAAGGUCUGCCCGCUGACUUUCUUCACGAAGUCCGAAAUGCAGAUCCACUCCAAGUCGCACACGGAAGCCAAGCCCCACAAGUGUCCGCACUGCUCCAAGUCCUUUGCCAACGCAUCUUACCUGGCCCAGCACCUGCGCAUCCACUUGGGCGUCAAGCCCUAUCACUGCUCCUACUGUGAGAAAUCCUUUCGCCAGCUCUCCCACCUCCAGCAGCACACCAGAAUUCACACCGGAGACAGACCCUACAAGUGCCCACACCCUGGCUGUGAAAAGGCUUUCACCCAGCUCUCCAACCUCCAGUCUCACCAGCGACAGCACAAUAAGGACAAACCCUACAAGUGUCCAAACUGUUACCGGGCAUAUACAGACUCCGCUUCACUGCAGAUUCACCUUUCAGCACAUGCAAUCAAACACGCCAAGGCCUACUGCUGCAGCAUGUGUGGGCGGGCCUACACCUCGGAGACAUACUUGAUGAAGCACAUGUCUAAACACACCGUUGUGGAGCACCUGGUCACCCAUCACUCUCCCCAAAGGACGGAGUCGCCCGGCAUUCCUGUGCGGAUCUCCCUCAUCUGAACCGGGGCACCCCCCCCAGCUCCCCGCAC